UAUGACAUUAAAAGGAGCAAAAGUGAGAUAUUUGUUUACAUUUGAUUUUAAUUUUAAUUUUUUUAUACGAUUUUCCAAGAGAAUCUCGGUCAGCAUAGUACUAAAAAAAAGAAUAAAAAUAAAAAAACAAAAUGACCAAAAAGUAAACCAAAUACAUAAAGACCAAAAAGUCGUAAAACCAUUAAAUUAGAAUUUCUUUCUUUCUUACACUUAAUAUCUAAAAAAAUAAAAAUAAAAUAACAAUAAUACAAACCAUAAAGCAGAGUAAAUUGUUUGGCUGAGUUCAGCAUGAUCAAAGUCGUCAAUGUCCGGAGCUCCUCCUCUUAGAGAGGAAGACAGGGACAGGAUCUUUACAACUGUAGCCUAGUGAAACGAAGAUCACAACAUGAAAUCCUUAGAGAUUAGGGUUUUUUGGAUGCUUUUCCUUUUGAUUAGUCGCUCCAGUUUCUCUAAUGGCGAGGGCUCCAAUAAUAAAUUCCGUGAACGACGUGCCACCGACGACGAGCUUGGUUAUCCCGAAAUGGAUGAAGAUGCUUUGUUGAAUACACAGUGCCCUAGAAAUUUAGAACUUAGAUGGCAAACAGAGGUCAGCUCUAGUAUUUAUGCAACUCCGUUGAUCGCUGAUAUCAAUAGUGAUGGGAAGCUCGAUAUAGUGGUUCCCUCAUUUGUUCACUACCUUGAAGUUUUAGAAGGUUCUGAUGGCGACAAAAUGCCAGGUUGGCCUGCUUUUCACCAGUCAACUGUGCAUUCUAGUCCUCUCUUGUAUGAUAUUGAUAAAGAUGGUGUGAGGGAAAUUGCUCUGGCUACCUACAAUGGCGAAGUGCUUUUUUUCAGGGUUUCAGGCUACAUGAUGACUGAUAAAUUGGAGGUGCCUCGUAGAAAAGUUCGUAAAGAUUGGUACGCGGGAUUGCAUCCUGAUCCACUGGACCGUUCUCAUCCUGAUGUCCAUGAUGAUUUACUCUUACAGGAGGCUGCUAAAAUGAACGCAAUGAACCAAAUAAAUGGAAGUCUACCUGAAUCUAACCUUACGGUUCCAGCAUCAACAGAGAGUCACUCUAGUGAGGUUAACACGUCCAAUGCAGAGCAUGGAAAGAAAAUGAAUGGAAGUCAAAUAGAAGAUACGAUCAACCUGCCAACUAGCGUUGGUAAUUCUUCUGUAAACACUGAAGGACAUAAUAAAACAAGUGCUGGGAGGCGGCUUCUAGAAGAUAACAACUCUGAGGGUUCGCAGGAAGGUAGUUCUGGUUCAAAAGAGAAUGUUCACGAAGCUACUGUGGAAAAUGCUCAAGGGUUAGAAGCAGAUGCAGAUUCAUCUUUUGAGUUAUUCCGUGAUAGUGAUGAGUUGGCUGAUGAGUAUAAUUAUGAUUAUGAUGAUUACGUUGAUGAAUCCAUGUGGGGAGAUGAGGAGUGGACUGAAGGACAACAUGAGAAAAUGGAGGAUUAUGUGAAUAUUGACUCACACAUCUUGUCUACUCCAGUCAUAGCAGACAUUGAUAAUGAUGGGGUGGCAGAAAUGAUCGUUUCUGUUUCCUACUUCUUUGACCGUGAGUAUUACGACAACCCGGAGCUUAUGAAGGAACUUGGAGGUAUUGAUAUUGGAAAGUAUGUUGCUGGUGGCAUUGUCGUAUUUAAUCUUGAUACAAAGCAGGUUAAGUGGACAAAAGACUUAGAUUUGAGUACGGAUACUGCCAACUUCCACGCACAUAUAUAUUCUUCUCCAAAUGUUGUUGAUUUGGAUGGUGAUGGAAACUUGGACAUCCUAGUUGGAACCUCAUUUGGUUUGUUCUAUGUAUUGGAUCACCAUGGAAAUAGCAGACAAAAGUUUCCUCUUCAAAUGGCAGAAAUUCAAAGUGCUGUGGUUGCAGCUGAUAUAAAUGAUGAUGGCAAGGUUGAGCUAGUGACAACAGAUACACAUGGAAAUGUUGCAGCAUGGACUGCACAAGGGGAAGAAAUUUGGGAAGCUCAUGUAAAGAGUCUGGUUCCCCAGGGUCUUGCAGUUGGUGAUGUUGACGGAGAUGGCCACACAGAUCUUGUAAUUCCCACGCUAUCAGGGAAUAUUUAUGUACUAAGUGGAAAGGAUGGUUCAGUAGUUCGUCCCUAUCCAUAUAGAACACAUGGGAGAGUAAUGAAUCAAGUUCUUCUGGUCGACUUAAGUAAACGAGGGGAGAAAAGCAAGGGACUCACUAUUGUUACAACUUCCUUUGAUGGUUAUUUGUACCUGAUAGAUGGACCUACAUCAUGCGCUGAUGUUGUAGAUAUCGGUGAAACUUCCUAUAGCAUGGUGUUAGCAGACAAUGUUGAUGGUGGUGAUGAUCUAGAUCUUAUUGUUACAACUAUGAACGGAAAUGUCUUUUGCUUUUCAACCCCUGCCCCACAUCAUCCCCUCAAGGCAUGGAGAUCAAAUAACCAAGGAAGAAACAAUUUUGCAAACCGGUACAACCGGGAGGGAGUAUAUGUUACACACUCAUCAAGAGCUUUCCGUGAUGAGGAAGGCAAAAGCUUCUGGGUGGAGAUUGAGAUUGUGGAUAAACAUAGAUAUCCAUCAGGGUUCCAAGCACCUUACAACGUCACAACAACAUUGUUGGUCCCGGGUAAUUACCAAGGAGAAAGAAGGAUAAAGCAAAGCCAGAUGUUUGAGCGUCCGGGAAAAUAUCGGAUAAAACUUCCAACAGUCGGGGUAAGGACAACAGGGACUGUUGUUGUGGAGAUGGUCGAUAGGAAUGGACUCCAUUUCUCUGAUGACUUCUCCCUUACAUUCCAUAUGUAUUACUACAAACUGCUGAAGUGGCUUCUCGUCAUCCCAAUGCUUGGGAUGUUUGGUGUGCUUGUCAUCCUUCGUCCACAGGAGGCCAUGCCUUUGCCGUCAUUCUCCCGAAACACCGACUUGUGACAACUGGGCCGUAUUGGACCUCAA